AUGUCUAAAUUAACUCAAGAAGCCUCAAAUGUCCUCAUGAAGUUGAGUGCAAAUAAUGAAAUAUUUGCUCAAGUUGAGAAUGUUUUUGAUGGUGAAGAUCUUAGAGUUAAAGUAACUCGUGCUGAAAUGGAAUCAUUGUGCUCAGAUUUAUUUGAACGUAUUAGAAAACCAUUCUUAGAUAUGAUGUCCGAUACUCCAUUGGAGUCCUUGCAAGAAGUUAUUCUUAUGGGAGGAGGUACACGUAUUCCUAAAGUACAGUCUGUUUUAAUUGAAUUAAGUAAAAAGACAGAAUUACAUAAAGGCGUCAAUAGUGAUGAAGCUGCUGCUCUUGGAGCUGUAUAUCAAGCUGCAUUUCAUACUCCCGGUUUCCGUGUAACUCGAUUUAUUGUUAAAGACUAUAAUCCUUAUCCUAUUGCUGUUGACUUUAUGCGUGCUCCAGCAUCAUCUGAUGAAAAGUUGAAUAAAGACUCAAAAACUGAUGCACAAUCAGAUUCACCGUAUAUUCGACAAGUUCUUUUUCCACGUGGUGCUGUUUUCCCUCAAAGACGUACAAUUAAAUUCAAUCGACAUGUCAAUGAUUUAGAUUUUUAUGUGAAUUAUGCUGAUCUUGAUGGAUUUGCAAAAAGUUUUCUAGGACCGAAUUAUAACCUUAGUCAUGUGACUACAAGAAAUGUAUCAAAGUCUGCUAAACAAUACUCAUUCGCUGAACCACGUGGUGUCAAAGCACAUUUCACUAUGGAUCAUAAUGGAGUUCUUAUUCUUAGUGGUGUUAGUUGUAUAUUUCAUCCAAUUGAGAAAACUGAAACAUCUGGUGACUCAGCAAAGGCGAAGUCUACUUUUGAAAAAAUCGGUAAUACUUUGAGUGGUCUCUUUGGUGGUGGUGGUGGUAAGAGUGAUGAAGAAAAAUCGUCGGAUCAUGAUGCAAAUGUCAACGAGGCAGUCGCUGGUGGCAAUUCAACAGGUGUCAAUAUGACGACUGUAAACAACGGCUCGCCUACUGCACCAUUCCCUGAACCUAUUGACUAUGAAAUUAAUUAUGUUGAUUUCCCUCAAUUACCUUCGGAUGUGUUAGCGUCUUCAUUAUCUAAAUUAAAUAAAUUACGCGAAGCAGAUAAAGCUAAGGCGGCAUUAGAAGCAUCAAUUAAUCAACUUGAAACUUUACUCAUUGAUAUACGUGAUAAAAUUUCAACUGAUUAUGCUAAAUAUGGUGCAAAAGAAGAAAUUAUACACUUAGAAGGUGUAUUACAAAUUAUCUCUGAUUGGUUCGAUGAAACUGGUCAUGAGGGAACAAAAGAUGAGUAUGAUUCAAGAAUCCAAGAAAUGCAAGUGUUAAUUAACCCCAUUGAGAAGAGACGUAUUGAAGCGAAACAUCGUCCAAAGGCUAUGUCAUCAUUUGAUAAGACACUGACACUAGCUGAUAAAACUUUAGCCCAAAUGAUUGAAUUAUCAAAUUUAUUUGCUCAGACAUUAAAAGCUAUGCCAGUUGAACAGAAUGAAUCAACUACUGGAUCUGAACGAUCCUGGUCAAAUGUAUUCACUGAGAUGGAGAUUCAAACAUUUACAAAUAAGAUUAAUGAAACUAAGACUUGGUUAGCACAAUCCACUGAUGCUUUGAACAAAUCACCUACUCAACAAGAUCCUCCUGUACUGGUUUCUGAUAUACAAGCUAAAGAGAAAGAAUUAUCACGAGAAAUUGUUUAUCAUACAACGAAAAUGGAUUUAUGGAGAUCAGAAAUUGCUCGUAUGUUUGCUGAACAAGCGAAAAUGAACACCACAGCAUCACGAACAGUGAAACCGGAUGAAGGAGAAAAAGUGGUGAAGGGGAGCGAUGAUAAGCCAACUGUAGAGCCAGUAGUUAUUCAAAAGGAUGAAGAAUCCAAGAAGUCAACACAGGAACCUACACCAACACCAAGACCGGAGCUGUGA